AUGGCUACGCGAGGCACGGCCGAACGCGUUCGUUCUACUCGACUCCGACAGGCUCGUCGGAGGCCAGCUGGAAUAGCCAGUCGGGGCUCCUCUCACACCCCGCCGUGCUCCAUCGCUGUCGCCGCGAGCGCCUUGCUCUUGAACGAACCAGCGAAGCCGCCGUCCUUCCCCGCUUGCCGUCUCUUCGGCCGCAACUGCCCGUGUUAUGGGAGGAAGUCCGUCGACGUUGAUGAGACGUGCUCGGAACCCAAGAGCUCGAUUCGCUCUGGUUCGGAUUUGAACGCGUCGUCCACCGCCAAAAAUCACUGCUUUAGAACAGGGGAAAUGGGCCUCAAUAGCUUCCCGGACAGAGUGAUGCCGGAAGAGAUCAAGAACGAGUUUGGCUUCGAGGAGAUGAUCCUGGAUGGUGAAUUCCAGCAGCUUAUUCGGCUAUUCCCAUGUCUUCUCCUGCCCCGUGUUGAAUCCGUCCUCUUUGAACAACCUCGCCGAAGAGCCACCACGAGAAUCCCUGGAGGUCUUCUGGCCAACCAGGCAUACCGCAGCAGCGCUGAGCACACCACCGGAUUCACAACUUGCCGCCGUGGUUUUCCCAUUCUCCGACCCAGUAAACCGCCGAAGUUUCACCCGAAUCCCCCGCCAGACGACGACGUGGCGAGCUACACAAGCUCAGACCUUUUCGAGAUCGAAAACUUCUCCACCCGGACGACCUACCGCCGACCCGACUCCCUCGACUCCCGCGACCAUCUCCGUGGGGGCCUUGAGGCGGAGGUACCGCCACCGUCCAAUGCGCCCAGCGAGGCGAGCGUCGAGUGGAGCGUCACCACCGCUCCUUCCGGGAGGAGCGCGAGCGCUGCGCCGCCACGGGCGGGAGGCGGAGAUGCCGCGGUCUUCUGA